ACUAAAUUGCCGGCUCUAAUAUUUUUUUUUAAAUUUACACUUUAAAAACAUUUAAUAUUAUUUUUUGUACAAUAAAAAAUAAAAAAUUAGUUUUAGUGAAAAACAAACUGAAGAUCCUACUGAAUUAAAUGAGAAUUGAUUGCUUCAGAUAAUUAACAGUAAACGCUAUAAUGACAAAUUUGAAUGUUGCCGGUUCCCCACUCACUUUGUUAGAGUUGCCCGAUGAUUGCUUGCUCCACAUUUUUGACUUCUUCGAUAUUUAUGAGCUUUUGGAUAUUCGGCAAAUUUGUCAACGUUUUAAUGAACUGGCAGAUCGUUGUCGUCACAAAUAUGAAAACUUAGAUUUCAAAUGUUACAAUGAGGACGAGCAUAUCUCUAUCCUAAAAUUUUUGGGUCCUUCCUUAAAAGUGCUUAAUUUGCAUCAGUACGAAAAUUUAUUGGACAAAGUACUGGAAUUUUGUCCAAAUAUUGAAAAGUUGAUGAUUGAAUACUGUCAACUUACAAACUGGGAAAUUAUGAGAGACAUCGUGAAAAAUGUGAAAUACUUGAGUUUGAUAAAUUGCGAGUUUACCGACAACUUGGGUAAAUGUUUUGGUAACGCAUCAAAAUUAGAAUCAUUAGAAAUUCUAGCAAAUGAAGAAAUCACAGCUGAUUUUUUUCACAAAAUUAAAGGCUUAAAAUGUCUAAAAGUUGUUGAAUGUCCAUGUAUUGGCGACAAAUUUGCACAAAUUCUCAAAAAUAACUCAACUUUAGAGGAACUCGAAAUAAGUACAUACUAUGAAAAAAGUCUUAUUGAUGUCGUCAAACACGUUUCUGCUUUAAAAAAAUUAAAAAUCGGACCGAAUUUCGAACCGAAAGAACAAUCUUUAACAUGUUUGUCAGAAUUGCAUGAAUUGGAAAGCCUUAAAUUGGUCUUUGCCGUUGUAGGAAAUGUUUUUUUCGAUGAGAUUAAUUCAUUAAUAGACAAACUGAGCACCAAAAAUACGAUUGAAGAGCUCGAAAUUUUAUAUGAAGAUAAACUAAACAUGACUAAAUUGGCGAGGCUAACAAAUUUGAAAAGUUUAAGUCUGAAAGAAGUUGAAAAUGCUGAAUUGAUAAAAUUACAAAGUCUACAAAAGCUAGAAAAACUGAACUUGUUUUGUGAUAAUUUGACGGAAAUUUCCGUUUUUCAUUUGAUAAAGUGUUUGCGGAACUUGAAGGAAGUAAAUUGCUUCUGUUUUGAUGUAUCUUUUAAAUUUGUAAAGGACCUAAUAGAAAUGCUAAAGGAAAAAGCAGAAAAUCAUUCAAAAUUGUUGAUGAAAGUUAGAUUUAUACUCGAUGAAAAUCUAGAUAUAUCUGAGCUACAGAUGGUUCUAACAGAAAAUCGAAAAAUUCUUAAGUUACAUUACAGAUGUUUAAACCAGUUUAAAGUAAUGUGAUGACAGUUACAAUUAAAAUUUUUAUUU